GAGUUUUCUCUUAUUUGCUCACAGUGUAUUCUUAGUAGGAUGUACCAGGAUAAGUAUCAGGACAUGUUUCUGUAGUCUGAGCUGCUGAUUUCUCUCAGGGAAUCAGAAGAUCUAUCAGAGAACAGCAAGGUGAGUGAUUAUGUGUGAUACUUAGGCUGCAGUAAAACUACUGUAUAAUAUAUAAUUGAAUAAUAUAAUAAUGCUUAAUGCCUAAUCUACGUAUAGAUUUUGUUUGAUUUAUUUAGUUGUGACUUAAUUUGAAGAAAUUCAACUUUGAUUUAGUUAUGGAUUUUGUGUUGUUACAAAAUAGUUUUUACACAGUCCAAUAUGUUGGUAGAGCUUUUAUCUUUGUGACUGGUAUAUACCGUAAUUAAAAUGAUGAUAAUGAAAAUAAAUAAGGGAUACUGGAUUUUACCCUUAAUCACUUGAGUGUCCUUCAAACCCUGUACAUUCAGUGUACUUUUAUUGUUUCUGGUUCAUUGACAAAUGCUGACACAUUGUGUUACUCUAGCUGCCAUGACAACAUGCAGAAGAUUGCUACUGCUCCUUGGAUUCGUGGGAUCCAUGUUUCUCAUCAUAUUGACCUCUCACCAAUGGGACAUGUCAAAAGAAAAAAGAGUGGAGAAGAUCCAUCAUCUACAGGAACUGAGAAAGCAGCUGCUAAGAGAAGUGUGUGAUGGUGACAAAGAGGCAUUUUCUGAGGGGAAGCACACCGUAGAAGACAUGAGUGACAAAGAGCUGGAGAACCUCAUUGUGGAUGACAGACAUGGAAUCAUUUACUGUUACAUUCCCAAGGUGGCGUGCACCAACUGGAAAAGGGUUAUGUUUGUCCUGAACCAGAGCGAGCCAUAUCAUGACCCCAUGUCCAUACCCGGUGACGUGGUCCACAUGCGCGGCAAGCACACUCUGCUAAACAGCUUCCCAAGAAUAGAGAGGAAGGCAAAGCUGAACCACUACACCAAGUUCCUGUUUGUGCGGGACCCAUUUGUCCGCCUCAUCUCCGCCUAUCGAGACAAGUUCCAGCGGCACAAUGAGUACUACUAUGAGAAAUUUGCCCGUUACAUUCUGCGCCAGUAUGGCAACCUGUCUGACCCACCACAGACAGAGGAUGAGGCGUUCGCAUCCGGCGUACGCCCCUCGUUUUACAACUUUAUUCAGUACCUGUUGGACCCGAGGACAGAGAAGCGAGAGCCCCUUGAACCCCACUGGAGGCAGAUGCACCGCCUGUGCCACCCCUGCCACAUACAGUAUGAUUUUGUUGGCCAUCAGGAGACUCUUCAGGAGGAUGCUAAGCAGCUGCUGAAGAUCUUACAGCUGAAGGACGUCAUCAACUUCCCUCCUUCCUAUGAAAACAUGACUUCCCCGGAUUCUGUGUUGAACUGGUUCAGAACAGUGCCUCUAGAGGACAGGAGGAAGCUGUACAAGCUCUAUGAAGGUGACUUUAGGCUUUUUGGCUACAGAAAGCCGAUUCAGUUGCUUGAUGAUUGAGAUGAAGUCAUGAUUGAACUUCACUUGUCCCUAUGCAGACAGUAGGCAUAACCACAAUAUUUACCUCUGAGCAAACCCUAACAAAUCACAAAGGAAAAUGCAAAUGUUUGGCAUUCUCUAAUACAGGAAUUAUAUGUCAUUACAUAAUGGUUGUCUUCAUGCAUUGGUUUACUAAUUUUGCACAUUCUUAACUUUUCUACUGUACACCACUGAAAUCUGUUGGCUAAAAGCAU